AUGUCUGAAGAGAAUAUUAGAAAAUUACAAGAACAAUUAAAUGUAAUAAGAGAUUUAGAACAAAGACGAUCAGAAUUAAAUCAAGAAAUAAUAAUUAGAAAUGAACAUAUUAAUAAUCAAAAUUUAACUAUUAAACAAUAUGAACAAAAAACAUUAGAUCAAGUAUCAGAAAUAGUUGAUAAAAGAUUUAAUGAUAAUGAAAAACAGCAUAUUUUAAGUAGAACAAAUAGAGAUUUUAUUGAAGGUAAAAAUGAUAACA